AUAACUAUGCUAGUUAUUCAAGGACUUAAUUGUUUUUAGGGACAAGUUUGUAGAACCACUUAUCCCCUUUUUUAAUUGGAAACUUGCCGAGCCCUUGUGGCUUAUUUUUCUCCUUCUUUGGUCUCUAAAAAAAGUUACAGUAGCUGAAAUUCCAAUUUUUACGAUUCUAUCAAAUGGCUGCCAAUUUCUGGAUUUCUUCUCAGUUUAAAGAGCUUUUGGAGCAAGAAGAGGUUGAUGUUGUGCAUCCGUUGGAUAAAGAGAGAGGAAUUACUCUCGAUGAUUUCAAGCUUAUCAAAUUGAACAUGACCAAUUAUGUUGCAAAAUUGGCUCAAAGUGUGAAAGUGAGACAAAGGGUUGUUGCUACUGCAGUUACAUACAUGAGGCGCGUAUAUGUUAGGAGAAGUAUGACUGAGUAUGACCCUCGUCUGGUUGCUCCAGCAUGCUUGUAUUUGGCAUCAAAAGCAGAAGAAAGCACUGUACAGGCCGCCCGACAUCUGGUACCUUGCAUCAAGAAAUUGUGUUCUGAUGAGACGUGUAAGUAUGAAAUAAAAGACAUACUAGACAUGGAGAUGAAAGUUUUAGAAGCCCUAAACUAUAACUUAGUCAUAUAUCAUCCAUAUCGUUCAUUAUCACAGUUCCUUCGGGACGCCGGCAUGACUGAUGCAACUCAAUUGACUUGGGGACUUAUAAAUGACACCUAUAAGAUGGACCUGAUUCUCAUACACCCACCACAUUUGAUUACUUUAGCCUGCAUAUAUAUUGCAAGUGUGCUGAAAGGUAAAGAAACUACUGCCUGGUUUGAGGAGCUUCGAGUUGAUAUGAAUGUGGAGGUCACGGGCUCAAGCCGCGGAAGCAGCCUCUUCCAUAAAUGCAGGGUGAAAAAUAUAGCAAUGGAGAUACUAGAUUAUUAUGAGAAUCAUAGAUCGAUCACAGAUGAGAGGGUGCUUGCUGUCAUGAGCAAGCUAGCUCGAAGAUGUUGAUACCAGCGCACCUAGCCUCCGCCUUUGUGCGGACACUAUAUAUGAAUAGAGAAAUUCUCUUAAGUAUUUGUAAAUACUUGACUGUGAAUCAGUUAUUAUUGUAUAGCUUUUGCCAUAUUCUUCACAACAUCCUAUGUGAGCUAAUUUUUGAUAUUACUUUUGCCAUAUUUUAUCAUCUCGUAA